GACUUCUGAACGAACCGUUUGACAACGGGCCAUUUACUUCAUCUAAAGCGGACGCGUUGCGGUGUUAUUGUUUUGUUGUGUUUACUUAGGAAUCAAGGAACGUAACAGGUGAAAUGCACUGAGUGCACAGCACAGACAAGAUCAGUAUAACCAAUGGAUACGUUGACGACUAGUAAGACCGUAACAAAAUGCUUGGCUGGUUUUCUUAGCUAACAGCUACGCGGUGCAUGGAGGUCAUUUUUUGCUAAAAUGCCAUAUAAUUAAUAAUAAUAAUAGAUCAUCUGAAUAUAUUUCUUAGGUGUAGGUCGGUUCCCUUAUGGUGUGGUGAUUCAAGCAAAGAGGGAUGGACAGAAGAAAGUGACUCGCUGCGCGGAGGCUGCGCUCUGUAGUGUGGACUUCUGUGAGCUGACGCUUAAUGGUGCGCUAAUAGUCAUUUGUUUGGAGGCGCUGCGAUCAUCAUGGUGGUUGAGAGGACGCUUCUCGCAGCAAGGCAAGGGGAUGUACAAACUCUAAAAGUACAGUUAGCUGAGAAGGUACUCAACAGCGAUGUGAAAGAUGUGCUGGGAGCGACUCCCGUACACCACGCCGCGCGAGCGGGGAAGCUCACCUGUCUGCGGUAUUUGGUUGAGGAAGCGGGGUUACCGGCGAGCAGCCUGGCGAGAAACGGCGCAAGUCCUGCGCAUGACGCCGCAGCCACGGGCAACCUGAGCUGCCUACAGUGGCUCGUGACGCACGGAGGAUGUCGAGCGGCCCAUAAGGACAGCUCAGGGGCCACUGUCCUGCACCUGGCUUCUCGCUUCAGCCAUCAUGAGAUCAUUGAUUGGCUGCUGAAGAGUGGGGAAGGGGAUCCUACUGUUGCCACGGAUACGGGGGCCUUGCCUGUUCAUUAUGCUGCAGCUAAAGGGGACUUACCCUCGCUCAGGCUGCUACUGGAACACAGCCCACAGUAA